UGGCUUCUGACAUGGCGACGACCACCAACACAUGAAAAUUGCUGCAUGAGCGAAACAAGGCACAGCGGCGAGCACCACGUCGAGUUUGCUGGGCCAGAGGAGGAGGCCAAGCAGCGCACGCCUGCGUCGUCGGACGCCGCCGAGAAGGAAAAGAUCGAGGACAAAGACAGCGGCAUCAGAGAGGAAGCGAAAAAGAAGGAUGGCAAGGCUGAGAAGGAUGGCGAUGAGAGCAAGUGGAAAAGAUGGCUGUCAAGCCAUCUUGAGGUGCCGGCGCAGGUGGCGUGGGUGUGGCCCACAAUCCGCGACUGGUCCAAGGUCAAGCCGUGGAUCAGGUCGAGCAUCGUCGCCUGGGUCUGCCUCGUCCUGUUCAUCAUCCACCCAGUCGAGGUAAUGAUGGGAAAUGCGAGCUUCCUGAUCCUCGUCGGUAUCUUCAUCCAACCGGCCGAGCUGGCCCUGGUCGCCGUCCUCGAGCGCGAGUUCUUCACGAUGUUACUCCUCUCCGUGAGCUGGGCAUAUGCAUGCAUCGGUAUCAAGCUCGCCCAUGUCUCCCGCACAAAGUACAAGUUGCCGAUGAGCGAGGUGUCUUUGGCGCGAGUCUUUGCGGGUGACUACAUAGAGACAUCCCCGACGGCCAUCUGUGGUGCUUUUCUUGCCGUCGGCGCUGCAGCAGCGUUGUACCUCAAGGUCAAGUUCGGCCCUUCGCCCUUCAUCUUUGCCACCAUUCUCGCCUGCAUCAUGAUCGACAUCACGCUCAUUUACGCGCCCUUGUUUCCCUACCCGAUGUAUUCGCUCGGCCAAACUGUGAUCGUGCCUCUGGCAAUCAAGUCGGGCCUAAACAUCGUCGGAUCCCUCCUCAUUUUUCCAAAGUCCGUCAACUCCGAAUUCGUCGAGCGAUUGACCAAGGUCCUCGGGCCCCUCGGCGCUGCGAGCACCGAGCGAAAAGCUCUCUUUCAGCGAUCACCGCUUGACGCCGACUUCAACUUCGACCUCGUCAAGGACAAGGUCUCUGGGGCUGAAUCUGGGCUGCUGCCCCUCACUUCAUCUGCUCGGCUCCUGACGAGGGAGCUUUCCUUCGGCCUGUGCAGCGGCGUCGAGUUGAAGGAAUUGGAGAGGCUCACUAGGCUGCUCUUGACGCCUGUCGAUGGUGUCGCUUUCUAUCUGAGCAUGAUCAAGUCCGACAUUCAGCGCACGAGAUUCCCCAUCGAUCCAACUACUUUCUCUCGCUUUACCACUCCUGCUCAUACGCCCGCGCCUAGCCGUCCAGGCACUCCACCAAUUUCCACACCUGCUGGAGAGGAGCCUGAACCUCGGGUCAUGGAGGAGGGCAAGAAGGUAGACUCGGCCAUGACGACGGCGCACCAGCAUGAGAGCACGUCGCAUGUGCAUCGGCUGUCGGAGCGGUUGCGUCCCGCGAGCCUGUUUCGAUCCGACUCACCCUCGCCUUCGCCGACACCUUCCCUUCGCCACGGGCGCACGCCAUGGCAUUGGCCGGGUGGUCAUCAUCAUAAUAGUCAUCACAGUCGCCAUGUUCAGAAUGAGGAUAGCAACGGUGGUCCGCUGGCGCCCGUCGGCAUAUGGGAGUCGCUUCGAUAUGCCGCUGUCGAGAUCGAAUUGCACAAACCGAGCAACGAUCGGUAUAUUGAAUUGUGUAUGAGCAACAUUGGCGCAGCAAGCGGCGACCUCCAGCAAGCGCAGGCCGAGGCAAUCAUCCAUAUCGAAUCUUGGCUGCAUACGCUCAACCACCAACGCUUUCAAAAGCUCCGCGACUGGUUUCUGAAGCUGGGGGACAGCAGGUCAAACUUCGUCAACGACCCAAGCCAGCCGACCAAGUCAACAUCAUACCAUGUCGAAGAGCUGCGAAGGCGCAUCGCUGAAUUUGACGCGCGCAAGUCGGCGGUCAUUGAGCCCUUCCGGGCUAGCGUCAGCGACAGUGACGAGGUCACAGAAAAGGUGCCACACCGGUACCUCUAUCAGGCAUACACGCUCCUCUUCUUUGAGAAGGAAUACAGCCUUCGUCUCAUCAAAAUACUGGAAUACCUUGCAUCUAUCGAAGAGAAUAAUCGGUACUGGCGCUUCUGGUUGCCAGCUUGGCCCAAGUUGCUCAGCAUUGACACAUGGAGGAACAUCGGGGAGGCUUCCACGUCUCAUGACGACCACGAGGACGAAGAUCCGACCGCCAUCCCCGGCAUGGCAUCGAGCCUGGGAAAGACGCGGGCAAGGAACCCAGAUGCGAUGCCAAGCGAAUCAGUAUGGCAGGAAAUUGGCAUUCGCCUCUCGGACUUUCUCCAUCAGCUCUACCGCGGACACUCGCUCUUCUGCAUCAAGGCUGGCGCAGUUACAAUUCUUACGGCGCUUCCUUCGAUGGUCAGCUCGUCGGCGGGGUGGGCGUACAACAACAAGGCCAUCUGGGUUGUCAUUAUGGCACAGCUCUGCACGGCUCGCCACAGAGGCGAGGUGGCCUUCGGUCUUAUCUCGCGCUUGAUGGCAACAUUUGUUGGCGCCAUCUUCGGUCUCUUGAUCUGGUACAUUGCGUCUGGAAGUGGGGUGGCCAACCCCUUUGCUCUGGCCGUCGUGGGCGCCUUUGGCUUCUCUUUCCUCAUGCUCGGUCGCAUCUACUACCCAGGACCUCCCAUUACGACGAUCAUCACCUGUGUCACGACAUCGCUCAUUGUGGGCUACUCCUGGAAGGAUGCCACCAAUCCUUCUCCGGGAAGCCCGGGCAUUGGCUGGUCAGUGGCUUGGCGCAGAUUUGUCGAGGUCCUCAUCGGUACCACGGCUGCAUACAUUAUGGCCAUCCUGCCUCCUAGCAGCACCUUGCGCAAAUACGUCCGCAUCAGCCAUGCGACAAUCGUGGCCCAGACCACCAGACUUUAUUGCCACUUCAUCACUAUUGCUGCUGCACCCGCGUCAUCGACCGAUGUCAUGACCUCGGCAGAAGCGACUAAGCAGCUCCUUGCACUACGGCAGAAGAUGAGGCGCCUCGCCGUGCUCAAAGUCAACGUCGUUUAUGAGUGGUCACUCCGUGGCAAAUGGCCGGCAUCGCGCUACGACGAUCUUGCUCGAAUUGAGAUGGAGCUGUCAAGGCUGCUAUCCCACGCCGUCACCAUUGUCGACCACCUGGGUCCGGUCUAUUCGAGGGCCCUUCUGCGCAGGAUCCGCUUUUUGGACCCUCUCUUCCUGGCGGAUUGCAUUGCCGUGCUAACGAUGAGCACAACGGCACUCCGCUCCGCCACACCGCUACCGCAGAUUGUGCCGGUGUUGCUGGACAGAUUCAUUUCUGUCGGCCACAGCUUCGAGGUCCUCCGUUGUCGGUCUACUCGUGCCCGAGUCGAGGAUCUGCACAAUGAAGAACGCGACCGAGAGGAAUUGGAACUGCCCCGACACGUUACAUUUGAGACGCUCGCUAGCGAAAAGUACCAGACAUUUGCCGUGGGUGUCAGUGUCGCUUUUGGAAUCGUGCUCAGGCUCGACAGGCUGUGCAUGGCGGUAAAGGCCCUCGUCGGCGAGGACUACCCCGUGCCGGCGGACUUCGAGCUGUUGAUGCCUCCGAGUCUGCAUCGGCAUUUGAGCGGAGCCGCUUAGGCCUCAGUACCUUCUGCAUAUCAUCCUUGCACCCAUAUCUCAUUGCUCCUUCUGUCACAUAUCGAAAGUUGCCUGCAACACAAUUGUACUUGUAUCCAAUGCUUCACCGUCAC